AUGUCGUCACUAUCGCGGACAUGCCUGAACGCUGCUCGACCUUUGAUGCGUCACUCGCGAAUGGCCCACAACGUCGUCAGCAGGAAGCCUGCGUUAGUCCGCCUGCUCUGUUCCUGUCCGCUUGGUUGAAGCCAACCGUGCCUCGAUAGCUCGUGGCUGACCCACUUUUCUUUACACUUAUGUCCCCAUUUCUUGGCUCGAAUCCAUCAACACCCUUGCGCUGCUUCGUCCACUCGUCUCCGCAUGCGCCUCGAUCACUCGUCCCGUGACCUCCACGGCGCAUCGCAUCGCAUCAUCAUCAAACCGUACCACUCAAUCACACCCCAUAUAGUGAACCUCACACACCACCCUCGAUCAGCCCUGCCCAAGCUCCGAACCGGGCAACGGUCUGGUCCAAAAGUCAAGCCGCUCGGUGCGCACUCCUCCACACCUCUUCCAUCUCCAUACCCAAACACCACCCACUCUAUCGUGAACUCAUCCCAGCUGUUCUUCUCCCCCGAUAGAACGGAAGCUAUGCAAGGCCCUCGCUUCGAGCAAACGGACGAACGAUUCCAACCUCGCCCCUUGGCCGCGGUCGAAUUGAUCGCCGAGGAACCGAUCCGUUUGAUCCACGGGCGUGUGGCGAGUUGUGAUGGAGGUCAGUCACAACUUUGGGGUUUUUUUUUGAAAAAAAGUUUUCGAAGGGGUGUGCUCAGUUGGGUUCUUUUGUUCUCUGGCUCUGGGCCGGAUCUUAGGUGGAGGUUCGUUAGGGCACCCGAAGAUCUUUGUCAACGUCGACAAGCCUGGACCCAAGGCGUGCAACUACUGGUAAGUCCCCGCGAACCUCGUUCAACCAUUUCAAAAUCCUGAUAUACCCGUCCUCACAUGUUCGCCGUGAAUUGGUAUAGCGGUAUCCGAUUCCAGAAGGACAGCCACGCUCACGGCCACCACUAG